UAAAAAGUGCAGAAGUACAAAGAGCAAUGAUAGCUACUGUUCAAGCUAAAAAUUAAUAAAUUUUUGCAGUCCAUCUGGCCACCACCUUCACACACGUUACAGCCUGAAGAAUGGAUGUUCUUGAAAGAAAAAGUACUGCUAAACUGACGGAACUGUUACAGAUUGAGAAGAGAAUUCAGAAAAAAUGGGAAGAUGAGAAAGUAUUUGAAGAGGAUGCCCCACUUCCAGGGACGAAAGAAGCUUCACAGCCAAAGUAUAUGGCCACAUUUCCGUAUCCAUACAUGAAUGGCAGACUUCACCUAGGGCACACAUUUACGAUAUCAAAAGCUGAGUUUGCAGUUGGAUAUCAGAGACUUCAAGGCAAGAAAUGUCUGUUUCCAUUUGGUCUUCAUUGCUCUGGAAUGCCAAUAAAGGCCAGUGCAGACAAACUAAAGAGGGAGAUGAAGGAUUUUGGAUAUCCCCCAGAAUUCCCUCCAGAGGAAGAAGAAGAACAAGAAGAGGAAAAGGAAAUCACGAUUAAAGAUAAAUCCAAGGGCAAAAAGAGUAAGCUGAAGGCUAAGACAGGAGGCUUGAAGUACCAGUGGCAGAUCAUGAAGUCUCUGGGUCUAAAGGAUGAGGAAAUCAAGGACUUUGCUGACCCAGCUCACUGGUUGAAGUACUUCCCCCCUCAUUGUAAGGAAGAUCUGAAGAGUAUGGGACUCAAGGUGGAUUGGAGAAGGACCUUCAUUACAACAGAUGCUAACCCUUAUUAUGAUUCCUUUGUGAGGUGGCAGUUUCUCCGACUGAAAGAAAGAGACAAAAUCAAAUUUGGUAAAAGACACACAAUAUUUUCCCCUAAGGAUGGACAGCCCUGCAUGGACCAUGACAGGCAUAGUGGGGAGGGAGUUGGUCCACAAGAGUACACUUUGAUUAAAUUGAAAGUGAAUGAGCCAUAUCCACCAAAACUAAGCAAACUAAAGGGCAGUAAAAUUUACCUGGUGGCCGCAACUCUGAGACCAGAGACCAUGUUUGGACAAACCAAUGUAUGGAUCCGACCAGAUAUGGAAUACAUCGCACACAGGCUGGCUAAUGGAGAGAUCUUCGUGUGUACUCCACGGGCCGCUCGUAAUAUGUGCUACCAGGGCUUCACAAAAGAAGAGGGGAAAGUAGAUCUUGUAGCCAAUUUAGUUGGUCAGGAUAUAAUGGGAAUUGGAUUGUCUGGACCACUAACAGCCUACAAAACAAUCUACACCCUCCCAAUGCUGACUAUAAAAGCAGAUAAAGGGACUGGAGUUGUUACUAGUGUUCCCUCUGAUGCCCCGGACGACUUCGCAGCUCUGAGAGAUCUGAAAAACAAACAGCCAUUCAGAGAAAAGUAUGGAAUAAAGUCAGAAAUGGUAUUACCAUUUGAACCGAUUCCCAUCAUAGAUGUCCCAGGCUAUGGUAAUCUGUCAGCGGUCACUGUCUGUGAGAAGCUUAAGAUUCAGAGUCAGAAUGAUAGAGAUAAACUACAGGAGGCUAAGGAGGAGGUCUACCUUAAAGGCUUCUAUGACGGGGUGAUGAUUGUGAAAGGAUAUGAAGGCCAGAAAGUACAGGAUGUGAAGAAACCAAUUCAACAGAAAAUGAUUGAUGCCGGAGAAGCUGUAAAAUAUAUGGAACCAGAGAAAACAGUGAUAUCUCGGUCCAAUGAUGAGUGUGUAGUAGCGCUGUGUGACCAGUGGUACUUGGAAUAUGGUGAAGAAAAAUGGAAGCAGUUAACAGCCCAGUGUUUGAACUCUAUAGACACUUACUCAGACCAUGUAAGGGAAAAUUUCCACGCCACUCUGGACUGGUUGCACGAGCAUGCCUGCUCUCGAUCCUACGGAUUAGGGAGCCACAUUCCGUGGGACCCACAAUACCUUGUGGAAUCCUUGUCAGACUCCACGAUCUACAUGGGUUACUACACUGUGGCCCACCUGUUACAGGGCGGCGUGUUUGAUGGCAGUGGGAAGAGUCCUGCUAAUAUCAGGCCAGAGGAACUGACUCCAGAGGUCUGGGACUAUAUCUUUUACAAGAACACCCCCUACAAGACAGGGUCAAUCCCCAUGACUACCCUGGACAAACUGAGGGCGGAGUUUGAGUACUGGUACCCUGUAGACCUGAGAGUGUCCGGUAAAGAUCUGGUACCUAAUCAUCUAACCUACUACAUCUACAACCAUGUGGCUAUGUGGCCUAAUGACAGUUCAAAGUGGCCUAGAAGUAUAAGAGCAAAUGGUCAUUUACUGCUGAAUUCUGAAAAGAUGUCCAAAUCAACUGGAAAUUUCCUCACCCUCACAGAUGCAAUAGAGAAAUUUUCUGCAGAUGGUAUGAGACUGGCCUUAUCUGAUGCUGGAGACACUGUAGAGGAUGCUAACUUUGUGACUAAGAUGGCUGACGCUGGUCUCCUAAGGCUGUACACUUACCUGGAGUGGGUGAAGGAAAUACUCGCGACCAAGGACACGCUGAGGACAGGUUCCACAGAUACAACCAAUGAUCAGAUAUUUAUGAGUGAAAUAAACAAGGCCAUAACAGAAACACAGAACUACUAUGAGAAAAUGUUAUUUAAAGAGGCAAUGCGCACAGGAUUCUAUGAAUUCCAGGCCUGCCGCGACAAGUACAGGGAGUACGAGUUAGAGGGAAUGCACCGAGACCUGGUGAUGAGGUUUAUAGAUGUGCAGACUCUAAUGUUAAGUCCAAUCUGUCCACAUAUAUGUGAGUACAUCUGGGAACUCCUGGAAAAGCCCUGCAGUAUCAUGCAUGAGAAAUGGCCUGUAGCAGGACCAGUGGAUGAGAUACUGCUGCAGAUCUCACAGUAUGUCCUGGAGGCUGCCCACGACUUCAGAAUUCGUCUGAAACAGCUGCUGACACCAGCUAAAGGGAAGAAAAUGAAGCUUGACAGAGCUUCUCAUGGGACGAUAUGGAUUGCUAAAACUUAUCCCCCAUGGCAGAACACUGUACUGUCUACAUUAAAAACUCUGUAUGAGCAAAACAAAGGCUUUCCAGACAUGAAAGUUAUAGCAAAUUCUUUCAAAGACAAGCCAGAGUUAAAGAAAUACAUGAAGAAACUGAUGCCAUUUGUACAGUUAGCAAAGGAAAAUGUGGAAAAGAAUGGUAUCAAGGCUUUGAAUUUAACGUCAGACUUUGAUGAAAUGGAGGUCAUGAACAAGUUUAAGAAGUACAUGAUCAACACACUAGAUUUAGAGGGUCUGGACAUUAAAUAUUCUGACGAGGCUGAUGAUAAAGUAAAAGAGGACUGCUGCCCAGGAAAACCAUUCACCACAUUCAGAGAAGAGCCGUCGGUAACUGUCCAGGUUAUAAAUCCCCAGGCAAUGAGUGGGCUGUUUGGGAUAAAGUUACCAGUGUAUGAGGGGGAUACGAAGACCACCAUCCUAACCAGAGUAAUGAAGACAGACCGCUCUAAAAUGAAAGAUAUUGGUCACAUCAAACUUCUGAUGUAUGAGGACCCAGUCCGAGGACCAAGAACGAUUCCAGACAUGAAUAAUAUUGAAAAGGGCAAAGUCAUUGUCCCUGACAAUUCUGUGUUUCACAUUAAUGUCACAGAAGAACAAGUGACUUUGCAAAGCAAUGGAAAGAAACUGAAUAUAGGACAGAGUCUGGUUUAUAUCGUUAACACAUAACAUCAGUGGAGUAUAUGCAAUGUAGAGGACUUCAGUAGAAAAUGUGACACAGCUUAGCGAGUUGAGGAGGAAGUGAUUUGAUUGGUUGCUAUGGCUAUGGAGAACCUUGUGUGGGUUUCUAAGUAUCGGAUGUCCUGCUCCAUAAUCUUGUGAAUUACAAGUGAAAUUGUGCUUAUUUAUGAAUUCUUGUGCUCUAAAUAAAUUAUUUCUUGGGAGAAGU